CUUUUUCAGGAGCGGGAAGAUUACUGCACACACCGCCCUCAGCUCGGCUGUUCUGCGAGCACUGAGUGCAGGGGAUGAGCUUGAGAUCAUCUUGGGGUUGGGGGGAGUCCCGGAUUGGAAAGGCCGGCUCAGCCCCCUUGAUCCCGCGGCCCAACUUUCUGGGGGGCUAGCUAGACCGCGUCUCACUGCCCGCUGCGUGGCCAACAGGGGGGUUUUGAAGAUCAUGAUUGCAUGGAUGCAUUUAACCAAAUCCUUCCUGAGCACAUGGUGGUUCUUUAGAGAAUAUAUCUAAAUUUCUGGCUAAUUCCUUUAUGUGCCACUCAUCAUAGGACUUUGAUGGUAUCUGUCUGCGCUCUCCUAAACUUUCCUCAUGAUGCUAUCUUUAUUAGCUUGAACUCCUUUCUUAAAAUGGUCCUUCUGUUGAUCCUGUCCGUCCUGCUUUUGAAAGAAGAUGUCCGUGGGAGUGCACAGUCCAGUGAAAGGAGGGUGGUGGCUCACAUGCCAGGUGACAUCAUUAUUGGAGCUCUCUUUUCUGUCCACCACCAGCCCACUGUGGACAAAGUUCAUGAGAGGAAGUGUGGGGCAGUCCGGGAACAGUAUGGCAUUCAGCGAGUGGAGGCCAUGCUCCACACCCUGGAAAGGAUCAACUCUGACCCCACACUCUUGCCCAACAUCACCCUUGGCUGUGAGAUAAGAGAUUCCUGCUGGCAUUCAGCUGUGGCCCUAGAGCAGAGCAUUGAGUUCAUAAGAGAUUCCCUCAUUUCUUCAGAAGAAGAAGAGGGACUGGUACGCUGUGUGGAUGGCUCUUCCUCUUUCCGCUCCAAGAAACCCAUAGUAGGGGUCAUUGGGCCUGGCUCCAGUUCUGUGGCCAUUCAAGUCCAGAAUUUACUCCAGCUUUUCAACAUACCUCAGAUUGCUUAUUCGGCAACCAGCAUGGAUCUGAGUGACAAGACUCUGUUCAAGUACUUCAUGAGAGUUGUUCCUUCAGAUGCCCAGCAGGCAAGAGCUAUGGUGGACAUCGUGAAGAGAUACAACUGGACCUAUGUGUCAGCUGUGCACACAGAAGGCAAUUAUGGAGAAAGUGGGAUGGAAGCUUUCAAAGAUAUGUCAGCCAAGGAAGGAAUCUGCAUUGCCCACUCUUACAAAAUCUACAGCAAUGCAGGGGAGCAGAGCUUCGACAAGCUCCUGAAAAAGCUCAGAAGUCACUUGCCCAAGGCACGCGUGGUGGCCUGCUUCUGUGAGGGCAUGACAGUGCGAGGUCUGCUGAUGGCUAUGAGACGCCUGGGACUUGCAGGCGAAUUUCUGCUUCUGGGCAGUGAUGGCUGGGCUGAUAGGUAUGAUGUGACAGAUGGAUAUCAGCAAGAAGCUGUUGGUGGAAUCACAAUCAAGCUCCAAUCUCCUGAUGUCAAGUGGUUUGAUGAUUAUUAUCUGAAAUUACGGCCAGAAACAAAUCUCCGGAACCCUUGGUUUCAAGAAUUUUGGCAGCAUCGUUUUCAGUGUCGGCUGGAAGGGUUUGCACAGGAGAACAGCAAAUACAACAAGACUUGCAAUAGCUCUCUGACUCUGAGAACACAUCAUGUUCAAGAUUCCAAAAUGGGAUUUGUGAUCAAUGCAAUCUAUUCCAUGGCCUACGGGCUCCAUAAUAUGCAGAUGUCCCUCUGCCCAGGCUACGCAGGACUCUGUGAUGCAAUGAAGCCAAUUGAUGGACGGAAACUCUUGGACUCCCUGAUGAAAACCAAUUUUACUGGGGUUUCUGGAGAUAUGAUCCUAUUUGAUGAGAAUGGAGACUCUCCAGGAAGGUAUGAAAUAAUGAACUUCAAGGAGAUGGGAAAAGAUUAUUUUGAUUAUAUCAAUGUUGGAAGUUGGGACAAUGGAGAAUUAAAAAUGGAUGAUGAAGAAGUAUGGUCCAAGAAAAAUAAUGUCAUCAGAUCUGUGUGCAGUGAACCAUGUGAGAAAGGCCAGAUAAAGGUGAUCCGGAAGGGAGAAGUCAGCUGUUGUUGGACUUGCACACCUUGCAAAGAGAAUGAAUAUGUCUUUGAUGAGUACACCUGCAAGGCGUGUCACCUGGGGUCGUGGCCCACUGAUGAUCUGACAGGUUGUGAUUUGAUCCCUGUGCAGUAUCUUCGCUGGGGUGACCCUGAGCCCAUUGCAGCUGUAGUGUUUGCCUGCCUUGGCCUGCUGGCCACCCUGUUUGUCACUGUAAUCUUCAUCAUUUAUCGUGAUACUCCAGUAGUUAAAUCCUCCAGCAGAGAACUCUGCUACAUUAUCCUUGCUGGCAUCUGCCUGGGUUACUUAUGUACCUUCUGCCUCAUCGCAAAGCCCAAACAGAUUUAUUGUUAUCUUCAGAGAAUCGGUAUUGGUCUCUCUCCAGCCAUGAGCUACUCAGCCCUAGUAACUAAAACCAACCGUAUUGCAAGAAUCCUAGCUGGCAGCAAGAAGAAAAUCUGUACUAAAAAGCCCAGAUUUAUGAGUGCCUGUGCUCAGUUAGUGAUUGCGUUCAUUCUCAUAUGUAUCCAGUUGGGCAUUAUUGUCGCUCUUUUCAUAAUGGAGCCUCCUGAUAUAAUGCACGACUACCCAAGCAUUCGAGAAGUCUACCUGAUUUGUAACACUACCAAUCUAGGAGUUGUCACUCCUCUGGGAUACAAUGGAUUGCUGAUUUUGAGCUGUACCUUCUAUGCGUUCAAGACCAGAAAUGUUCCAGCUAACUUCAAUGAAGCCAAGUAUAUUGCCUUCACUAUGUACACCACCUGCAUUAUAUGGCUGGCCUUUGUGCCGAUCUACUUUGGAAGUAACUACAAAAUCAUCACUAUGUGUUUCUCAGUCAGCCUCAGUGCCACAGUGGCCCUAGGCUGCAUGUUUGUGCCAAAGGUGUACAUCAUCCUGGCCAAACCCGAGAGAAAUGUCCGCAGCGCCUUCACCACUUCUACUGUGGUGCGCAUGCAUGUAGGGGAUGGCAAGUCUUCCUCCGCAGCCAGCAGAUCAAGCAGCCUGGUCAACCUGUGGAAGAGGAGGGGCUCUUCUGGAGAAACCCUAAGGUACAAAGACAGGAGACUGGCCCAGCACAAGUCGGAAAUAGAGUGUUUCACCCCCAAAGGGAGUAUGGGGAAUGGUGGGAGAGCAACAAUGAGCAGCUCUAAUGGAAAAUCCGUUACCUGGGCUCAGAACGAGAAGAGCAGCAGGGGACAGCACCUGUGGCAGCGGCUGUCGGUCCACAUCAACAAGAAAGAGAACCCCAACCAGACGGCGGUCAUCAAGCCCUUCCCCAAGAGCACGGAAAGCCGCGGGCUGGUCGCCGGCGCGGGCAACUUGGGCCCUGGGGCCGCUGGGGCUCCGCCGGCAGGGGGUGCUGCCCUGGAGCCCCCCGCGGCCGGCCCCGAGGCUGCAGCUGGCAAACCGGAUCUGGAGGAGUUGGUGGCCCUCACCCCGCCGUCCCCCUUCAGAGACUCGGUGGACUCGGGCAGCACAACCCCCACCUCGCCAGUGUCCGAGUCGGCCCUCUGUAUCCCGUCAUCUCCCAAAUAUGACACUCUGAUCAUACGAGAUUACACUCAGAGCUCCUCGUCGUUGUGAAUGUCAUUGGAUCCUCGCUGGGACCCGCGUGCGGAGCAGAGCCCUCCGCUCUUCUCACAGACGCACGCAGUGACACGCAGUCACCCAAUCGGUGGGGCCUGAGGUAGAAGACGCCAAGUACACCGGUCAUGGAAACAAGAGAUGAAUAGUGCUAUCUUGCAACAACCGACGAAUACACCAACUACAAUUUUUUUGGCAGAUUUUCUUCUAGUGGCCUUAGAAAACAUGGGCUUUUAAGAAACACUGCUUAUAUUUUUGAGGGCUGACAAGAAUUUGAUCAGUUAUAUAUCAAGUGAUUUGCUCUAGGGAAGCACCAAGAAUGAAACAGCGUAAUGGAGGGCGAAAAGCCAAGUUCAUAAGCAACUGUAAAAAGUUUUGUUUGUUUACUUGCAUUCUUUUCCCAGAAGAGUCUUUGAUUCACGAAACAUGAAUGUACAUUUUCUAAUAAACUCACAAUCUGGGACCAAAACGUCAAGCUUUCUCUUUUUUUUUUCUUUUCUUUCCUUUUUUUUUUUCCUGUAAAGACCUUGAAAAGCAGUAACUUGGGCCCAGUAUUGACUGAGGCGUCGUCGUGAGUGUGGCCCAUGCUAACACACAACUUGACAGUGAAUGCUGAGCUCAUGUACCUAGGGCUUCUACCAGAGACCUUCCAAUUUGUUUGUGAAAUAUUCUUCCAAAAGCCUGCAUCUGGGAUUUCACCAAGUUAUUUCAGAUUCACCUCCAUUAACCGAGAAAACCGGUGGAAGAUUUCUUGACUAUUUCACCAUGUUGCCAAAUCAAUACUGGAGUAGCAAAAAAAUAUUUUCUGGAAUACUGUUUUGUAAUUCCCUCACCGGGGUGCAUUGUGUAGCUGGAAAUUCUCUUUCUAAUAAUAAUUUUUGCGCUCCAGCCUGGCUCUUUCAUGAUACACAUGCACUCCUCCUUAUGAAUGCUUUUCCGUUAGUAUUACAGAUAAAGUAUUAAAAUAUGCAUUUGGGCUUCUUCAUUCCUUUCUUUCAAGAACCUGAUGCACUAAGAGCUCCUCUGUUCCUUUGAGUCCCACCACUGGACGAGUGGUUCAUAGACCCAAUGAAGACAUUGUCACGAUUGGAGAGACUGUUGUUGAAAAAAACACAGUCUUCAUACACUGGAAAUUUUAAACUAUGUGAAGUUGGCUUAGCAGAGAUUUUGCUGUGCCAAUGAGCAGUGAUUUUUAACCUUUCCUGGCUGCUUAAAUAGGGCAGCUAUGAACUAUGACAAAUGUAGAUUUUUCAAAGCAAUACAGAAUAUUAAAACAGAGGAACCUUAAUAUCAAGUACAGUCUUUCUUAGCCAUUCCAAAAAAAGGCAAAGCAAUUAUUAAUAUUUUCCUUUUUAAAGCAAUUAUGAAUAUUAUUUUGUGCACUUCAUACUGUCAUUUUUUAAAAUACUGCAGAAAAGAGAUUUAGGGUUAACAUAAAAAUAUGUGCUAUGAUAGACUCAUAAAGGUAGAAAUCAUAACUCAAGACCUGAAUCCACUGUCAUCUCUUUAUUCGUCCCCUUGCAACUAUCCUCAGGUACCAAAUAUCUUUGGUUUUUAAAAGUUAGUAAUAAAAGGAGAUGUCCUAUAAAUUUAAAGUUCAGUUGACCCAGCCUUAUACUAAAGAUAGCCUUAUGAAAAAGAUUUGCUGUAAAGCAAAAGUAUAUUUUUGGCAGAGAGAUAAAAUAGAAUUUGUUUCUUUUAGUUCAUAUGAUUCUUAUU